GAUAUCUAUGGGGGAGGGGCCGUGAGAGUGCAGGGAGAGGGUCUUUGAUUCACUUGAUAUUGUGUGUCGUCAGAACAAUGAUCCGCUCGUUUAGAACAAUACCGUGGCUGUCGGCCCUUCCGGCAAUCGAGAAUAGCCGCAGCCAGACCAAGCGGAGCGUGACCCAUAGCAGCAACAGGCGACGAAGGGGCGAUGUUCUCUGCAUUUCAAAGGCAGUUGGCUCUGGACGAAGGGGCUCACGAUAUCCCUUUCACUCCACCCACAAUGUGGUCCUUACAGCAAUUUGUUCAGAACGAAACAUAUCAAGAAGCACGCGACUACUUUGAGCGCAACCAAAUUAAUCAGCUUCUCGAGAGCAUCAUUACGGGUUUGACAUUUGCACAGCCGGACGACCCGCUGCUCUUCAUCGAAGAUUGCAUCAGCCGAAUCCGGGCAGAGAAGCUCCUAUCGGAGAAAUCGCGCAUUCGAUGGGAUCUGUUCAUUCCCGCCGAAGCGAAAGAGGAGCAGCUCCAGCGAGAACUCUCGCUCAGGUCCCUUCUUGAACAAGACCCUCUCAGGCCAACGCUCAACCGGAAGAAAUAUCGCAUUGCACCCCUUCCUCUGUUGCCAACAAAGAAGCCCAGCACAUCCAACGAUCUCCAGAGAGUCUCGACCCCAGCAGAUAUACGCAGUGCAAGCGUGGCUUUUGCAGCAGAUGCCAUCCCGGCCAAGGCUGUCCUGCCCGGAAUUCCACCCAACGGACAAUCCAGGCCUCGAGGCAAUAUCGUAUUCGUCCUCGGAGGUCCGGGAUCUGGAAAAGGAACCCAGUGCGUCAGACUAGCCCAAGAAUUCAAGUACGCUCACUUGUCUGCUGGGGAUUUGUUGCGGCAAGAAGUCUCCAGUAAUUCUCCAAUGGCCAAGGAAAUCGACUCAAUUAUGAAGGAGGGGAAGAUCGUGCCGAUGGAAAUCACGAUUCGGCUCCUCCGCCAGGCCAUGGAUGCCGCAAAAGACUGCCCUGGGUUUCUUAUCGAUGGCUUCCCGAGACAGCUCGACCAAGCCAAAGUGUUUGAAGAACAGAUUGCCGCAUGCAAACUUGUUCUGUUCUUUGAUUGCCCCGAGCCUGUCUUGGAGAAGCGCUUGUUGAAACGGGGAGAGACCAGCGGCCGAGCAGACGACAACAUCGAUACGAUCAAGAAACGCUUCAAGACCUUUGUCGAUACCAGCUAUCCUGUUAUCGAGUACUUCACCCGCCUCGGCAGGUGUGCCAAGAUUUCGUCCGAACCGCCAGUCGACCAAGUUUACGCCCAAGCCAGAAUGAAUCUUGUCGAGGGGCCGCUCAAUCAUCCGAACGUUAUAUUUGUGCUCGGUGGACCGGGAUCCGGAAAAGGAACACAAUGUGCCAUACUGGCCAAGCAGUUCAGACUCGCGCAUCUCAGCGCAGGUGAUUUAUUGCGGCAUGAAGUCGAGACGGGCUCGGUCGUUGGUCAGCAAGCCUCCGGUCUCAUGAAGGAAGGGAAGAUCGUACCAAUGGAAAUCACCAUUAGCUUGUUGAGGAAGGCCAUGAUUGAACAUUUUAAUACGAUUGGAUUUCUCAUAGAUGGUUUUCCGAGAGCUCUCGACCAAGCAAUUGAGUUUGAGCGAACAGUCGGACCAUGCAAAAAGGUCCUCUUCUACAACUGUCCACUCGAUGUGCUGGAGCAACGUCUCCUCGAGCGCGGCAAGACAAGCGGUCGUGCCGACGAUAACAUCGAUACAAUCAAAAAGCGCUUCGUUACCUUUGAGAACCAGAGCAUGCCUGUUGUGCAGCACUACGAAUCCGUUGGAAAGCUCGUAAAGAUUUCAUCAAUUCCGACGAUCGAUGAGGUGUACGAGUUCACCAAGAGGGCCCUCGCAGAUGUGCUCCCAAUCAACCACCCAAAUAUAGUGUUUGUGAUAGGAGGUCCUGGAUCCGGAAAAGGAACGCAGUGCUCCCGUUUGGCUCAAGAAUUUGGCCUCAUCCAUCUCUCAACGGGCGAUCUCCUGCGAGAGGAAGUCCAAAAGGGGUCGGAGACGGGCCUCAAGGCCGAUGCCAUAAUGAAAGAGGGCAAGAUGGUACCCAUGAGCCUCAUCCUCUCGUUGCUCCGGAACCGCAUUCAAGAGAACCAAACAGCGCCGGGGUUUUUAAUCGAUGGAUUCCCAAGAAGUAUGGAACAAGCAGUGGAGUUUGAGCGGAUGAUUGGCCGUGGCCGAGUUGCGCUCUCGUUCAGCUGUCCUCUCGAUGUCCUUGAGCGACGCUUACUGGAGCGCGGAAAGACAAGUGGCCGUGCAGAUGACAACAUCGACACAAUCAAAAAGCGGUUCAUCACCUUCCAGGAGGAAACCGUGCCGGUCAUGAAGUACUUCAAAGACGACAGACGCGUUGUGGAAAUCACGUCCGUUGGAACCAUAGACGAGGUGUACGAACAGGCCCGGACAUCGUUCUUAUUCAUGAAGCCUCCAGUUCAACACCCAAACAUUGUCUUUGUUCUUGGAGGUCCUGGGUCAGGAAAAGGUACCCAAUGUGAGAAGCUCGCGCGAGAGUUUCACCUUGAGCAUCUGAGCACCGGCGACCUGCUGAGGCGCGAACUCGAGAAAGGAACCGAGAUCGGAAAGCAGUCACAGGCGCUAAUGAAUGAGGGUAAAAUGGUUCCAAUGAGAACGAUCCUUACGCUCUUACGAAGCGCCAUUGAGUCGAGGAUGCAUAGCCCCGGAAUCUUGAUUGAUGGCUUUCCAAGAACAAUGGAGCAGCUGGAUGAGUUCGAGCGGACGAUUUGCAGAUGCAGGGCCGCUUUGUAUUAUCACUGUCCGCUCGACGUCCUUGAGUCCCGACUGCUUGAAAGAGGCAAGACCAGCGGCAGAUCCGAUGACAAUAUCGACACAAUCAAGAAGCGCUUCAAGACUUUUGAGACCGAGAGUAUGCCCGUGAUCCAGUUCUUUGAACGCGGCGGACGCCUUACCAAGAUUUUAUCGGAUAAAUCUAUUGACGAAGUCUAUGCCGAGUCGCGACGACUAUUUUCCCCUUUUAAUCCUCUCAACCAUCCAAAUUUGUGGUUUGUGUUGGGUAGGUUUCUGAUGCGCGCUGUGGGCGACCACCCCCAACGCUCGAGAGCUACCGAUCCGGUUGCACUCGUAUGCACUCGUGUCUCUCCUCCGCGAUAGGAGGCAACACUAUGCCCCCUUACAUCCGCACAACAGAAAUUACGUCGAUUCGAUAAAACACUAACAAAGUCAGAUGCGUGAUUCAGGUGGCCCGGGCUCAGGAAAAGGAACUCAGUGCGCAAAGCUAGCUGGUGACUUUGGAUAUGCACACAUCAGCGCCGGUGAUUUGCUCCGCGCAGAACUAGAUAAGGGGUCUGAGGUCGGAAAGAGAGCCGAGAGUCUUAUGAAAGAAGGAAAAAUAGUCCCAAUGGAAAUGAUCCUGAAUCUCCUCCGAGAUGCUAUUACGGCCAACUUCAAAUCACCUGGAGUGCUAAUCGGUGAGGCGCUGGAUAUAGAAAGGCCGGCUUCAUACACACCAGAGCUUG